GUAUAUAUAUGUGUAUAUGUAUAUCUAUGUAUUAGUAGGUAUGGUCUAUAUCUAUCUCUAUGUCUAUGAGCCGUGGAGCCGUUGAACCCUUGGUCCCUUUUGAGAGUCAAGGAGAGAUGAUGGAUGGAUUGAUGGAUGGAUGGAUGGAUGGAUGGAUGGAUUGACCGCCAAAGUGUCAUCACAUACUCCCUCCGUUCGUACUCUUGUAUAUCAAAAUCCAUUUGUUUGUCUCAGAUUCUCAGGAGUGCAAGCAAGCACCAACAAAUCCCGUCACUGCGAAUUCCAUCCACUCCACAAAAACACAUCAAAUGCUCAACAUCAAUUACCCUCGGGGUCGGUCGAGAUCCAGAUAGACACCGACAAGAACCACACCCACACCAAGUAUACAUUUGCAAUGUAUCAGCCCAAGGGCAAUCGUCUUGUAUGAGAGAAAUGGGAAUCGUGGCUGUCGAAACAUCAAAUCAUCAAAUUAGCACCAACACCAUCAAUGCAGAAGAAACACGGCAAGACGAAGGGGGAGAAAAUCGGAGAGUAGACCGACCAAUGAAGGUAUUUCGGACAAGGCGAUUUCUCUCCUCGGGGCGGACUAGCAUGAGGAAUCAAAUAGAUACAUCCCAUACAUGUGUUUUGUCGUACAGGUGACAGUUUCGCAGACAAUGCUGUAAUGUUGUCGUGAUUAGAUUAUAUCUGGGUGAAAGAUGCAUCAAUGGGAGUACACGAUAUAGCAGUGAUGCAACUAUCAAGUCAUGUUCUAAGCCACCAUCUUUCAAGAGGGAUGCACUUUUAGUUUCUCAAUCCCUCACACCUUGAGAUAAAACACGGGUGAUGAGUUGGGUACGAGAUACGGAGCCGGGUGUGAGCAAUGUGAUUCA